ACAGACGAAUGUAACUUGAUAUCGACGUCCGAGGAGAGUUUGGACAAGAACCUCGACGUCUUCAUCAGCUACCGAAGAUCAAACGGAUCCCAACUCGCAAGUUUGCUGAAGGUCCACAUGCAAGUGAGAAGAUUCUCCGCGUUUCUAGACGUGGAGCGUCUGGAAGCUGGCAAGUUUGAUAACAAUUUGUUGCAGAGCAUUAAGCAGGCGAAGCACUUUUUCCUGGUGCUCACCCCGAGUGCUUUGGAUCGAUGCAUCAAUGAUGUNAAGGUCCACAUGCAAGUGAGAAGAUUCUCCGCGUUUCUAGACGUGGAGCGUCUGGAAGCUGGCAAGUUUGAUAACAAUUUGUUGCAGAGCAUUAAGCAGGCGAAGCACUUUUUCCUGGUGCUCACCCCGAGUGCUUUGGAUCGAUGCAUCAAUGAUGUGGAAUGCAAGGACUGGGUUCACAAGGAAAUCGUGUGUGCUUUGGAGAACCGGUGCAACAUCAUCCCGAUCAUCGACAAUUUCCAGUGGCCGGAAACGGAGUCGUUGCCGGAAGACAUGCGAGCCGUGUGCUACUUCAACGGCGUCCGUUGGAUCCACGAUUAUCAGGACGCCUGCGUGGACAAGUUGGUGCGGUUCAUGUCCGCCGAUUCCUCGGUGAACGGCGGUCGUGCCGGACUGGCGCCGCGCGACGGCAACAUCACUCCUGGGACGCCGUCUACUGCCGGCUCCAUGUCGUCCCUGCUGCCAGGUGUGGUGCAGAAUUGCCUGCCUGCCAGAGUCGUUAUCCCGGGGUACCACAGGACACAGAGUAAUGAGAGCGGGAAAGGCAGUUCUUGUUCUGACGAAAAUAAUCCCUCUGGAGCUAACAAGAACGCGACGAAUAAGGCUCUGGCCGAUUGA